GACAUCGUUGGGAUCAGAGCGAGUCCCAGUCCCCGCCCUCUGACCUGCUGGAGAGGCCCUGCAGCCCCGUCCCGGGCCAGGCUGGGGGUUCUUGACCCCCGGGGCGGGCUCGGAGACGUCCCCCACCUGCGUCGCCGAGAACGCGAAGGGCUCCCAGGUGCGGGGCGGGAAGGGGCGGAGUCGCGGGGCGGUAAAGGGCGGGCGGCCGGCAGCUCGGAGAGCCCUGCACGCCGGCAAGUCCUGCUGCCAAGGCGCCCGUCGGGUGAGCGGGCGCGGGGAGCGCGGCUCGGCCCCUCGUUUCCCCCGCAAAUCCGGCCCGCGGCCAGCCAUGAAUGCUAGCGGCCCGGGCUACCCGCUCGCCUCUCUCUACGUGGGCGACCUACACCCGGACGUGACCGAGGCCAUGCUCUUCGACAAGUUCUCUCCCGCGGGGCCCAUCCUGUCCAUCCGCGUGUGCCGCGACGUGGCCACCCGCCGCUCGCUGGGCUACGCCUACGUCAACUUCCAGCAGCCAGCUGACGCGGAGCGAGCACUGGAUACAAUGAACUUUGAGGUGAUCAAAGGCCAGCCCAUCCGCAUCAUGUGGUCCCAGAGAGACCCAGGACUUCGCAAGUCAGGUGUGGGCAACAUCUUCAUCAAGAAUCUGGAGGACUCCAUUGACAACAAGGCUUUAUAUGACACCUUCUCUGCCUUUGGGAACAUCCUCUCUUGCAAGGUGGUUUGUGAUGAUCACGGCUCCAAAGGCUUUGGAUUUGUCCAUUUUGAGACCCACGAGGCCGCACAGCAGGCCAUCAGCACCAUGAACGGGAUGCUGUUGAACGACCGCAAAGUCUUUGUUGACCACUUCAAGUCUCGACGGGAGCGGGCCGCAGAGCUGGGAGCUCGAGCAAUGGAGUUCACCAACGUCUAUGUGAAGAACUUCCGUGGGGAUGUGGAUGAGCAGGGCCUGCGGGACCUCUUCUCCCAGUUUGGUGUGCAUGUUCCCCAGGGGAACUGGGGAUCACUUUCUCUUCUACUGCCAGGGAAGAUGCUGAGUGUGAAGGUGAUGAGAGAUGACAGCGGCCACUCCCGGGGCUUUGGCUUUGUCAACUUUGAGAAGCAUGAGGAAGCCCAGAAGGCUGUGAUGGACAUGAAUGGGAAGGAGGUGAGCGGACAGCUGCUUUACGUGGGCCGGGCCCAGAAGCGGGUAGAGCGUCAGAAUGAACUGAAGCGCAGGUUUGAGCAGAUGAAGCAGGACCGGCUGAACCGUUACCAGGGCGUGAACCUGUAUGUGAAGAACCUGGAUGACUCCAUCGAUGAUGAGAAACUGAGGAAAGAGUUCUCUCCCUAUGGAGCGAUUACCAGUGCCAAGGUGAUGACAGAGGGUGGCCACAGCAAGGGGUUUGGCUUUGUAUGUUUUUCCUCUCCAGAAGAGGCGACAAAGGCCGUGACAGAGAUGAAUGGGCGCAUCAUCAGUACCAAGCCACUGUAUGUGGCGCUGGCCCAACGCAAAGAGGAGCGGAAGGCCAUCUUGACCAACCAGUACAUGCAGCGCCUCUCCACUGUGAGAGCCCUGGGCGGCCCCCUCCUGGGCUCCUUCCAGCAGCCGGCCAGCUACUUCCUGCCUGCUGUGCCCCAGCCUCCGGCCCAGGCCACGUACUAUGGCUCUGGCCCACCCAUCCAGCCUGCUCCCAGGUGGACCGCCCAACCAUCCAGACCCUCGUCCGCCUACUCUCCAGCUGCCUCGUUGGGCCAGCUGCCAGCUGUGUCCCGGCACCCCCCGGCCCAGGUCAGCAGCGUCCGGCAGGCGUCCACUCAGGUGCCACGCCUGGUACCCCACACCCAAAGAGUAGCCAACAUUGGUACCCAGACCACAGGACCCGGUGGAGCAGGAGGCUCUACACCGGGCGGGCCUCUCCUGACACACAGAUACUCCUCAGCCACACACAACACUCGUGGGGCCCAGGAGCCCGCUGUGUGCAUCCCCGGACAGGAGCCACUGACCGCCUCCAGGCUGGCCGCAGCACCACUGCACGAGCAAAAGCAGAUGAUUGGUGAACAUCUUUACCCUCUUAUCUACGAUGUGCAUACCCAGCUGGCUGGCAAGAUCACGGGCAUGCUGCUGGAGAUUGACAACUCAGAGCUGCUGCUCAUGCUGGAGUCUCCAGAGUCCCUCAAGGCCAAGGUAGAAGAGGCCCUGGCAGUGUUGCAGGCACACCAGGCCACUGAGCAGACAGUGAAUGUGCACUGAAACCAGAAAAUGGAAUCCUCCCUCCCCUGACAAGAGAACAGCGUUUCCUGCUCUGGACUCUAAGGCCCUGUGAACCAUGACUUAUUGCUCAGUCGUGCUGUAUCUGUGCUUGAGCUCUGUGUGGGUAGAAGGCUGACCACCCAGCCAGACUGUCACCUUUGCUUUGUGCAUUAAAAAGGGCUGCAAACUUUCCUGUCUCCUAGGAGGCCUUCUUGCGUCUGAGGGGGGGUGAGGCAGAGCUCGCCUGGGUUGGGGCUUUGCUGAAGGGACAGAACCCCAAAGUGUUGCUCCAGUACAUAGAGAGUGUACACCAGAAAAGACCUGUCAGGAGCUGAGUGGGACCAUGGGUAAUAGCCCCAAAAGAGCAGCCACCCACCCAUCAGAGGUGCAGUGGUGACGAAAUGAUUGUCACCACACAGCCCUGAGAGGAUGAACUAAAGCCACAAGCGCCCACAUCUGUUGCACGUAGCAGUUUCUGAAUGCCUGGCUUGAGCACUCUAUGUGCAGGUAAACGUCUCUGAAGCCGCAAUGACUUCCAUGCUCUGGCCCGAGGGACUGAGGGCUUGUGGAACCUAAUGAGGAAGAAUCCUUAGGAUACCUUCCCAAGUCAUGUUUACCUUCAGUGUUCUCAUUAGUAAAUCAAGAUACUUGCCUUCCAAACCUUGGGAAGAGAUUGUGACAAUGUCACCACUAAACUGGCCUCAAAUCAGGUAAGAGUCAUGCCUGCUUAAGAGGUGGCAAGAAAAGGGGUAUAGUUCCCCACUUUGAAAUGGUCCCCUGGCCACCCCCAUGGAGUUUCUGGACUCCAGAAUCCACUUCAGCUUGCAGGUCUGACUGCUCAGACAGCACAGACUCCUCCAGAGAUCAGAAGCAGCAUGUGCACUGUGGGAUGCUGCUCAGCACUGUACGUGAUACAGACGGAGGGAUAGUGAAAACACUCUGCUGUUUUAUGAAGUCAUCAAACUUCUGCUCCAUUAAGGGGAGAGUCAUUUAAGUAGGACACGCAGCCCAGAGAGGGGAGGCGAGCCUUAGUUCUAGCUGGAUUCCAGAGCACUCUGUAGCCUCAUCCACGUUUUGUGGACUUGAGUGGUACUUACUGGUCCUUGUUCCACGCUAUCCUCCCAGAUGGGCCUUUUUACAAACCCUGUUCUGUACGCUUGGACUGCUUUCUCUUCCCCUCUUGCUCAUUAAACUCCCACAUCAGAACUCAAUUUAAGCUUCACUUCCUCAGAGACCUCUAUCCCUCAUGGGGUCAAGUCUGCCCAGGUAGGCAGGGGAAGCAUUGAGUGACUACUCUUUUAACGCUAACACUAGCUGCAGUUUUACACUUGCCCCUGGGAUUAUCUGAUUGGCUACUUGUCCUCCCACUAGACUGUCAGCUCUCUGAGAAUAGGGACUGUGUCUAUUUAUUCACUGUUGUUUCCCCAGCACUUUCCACAAAGCCUG